CUACCUCUUGCCAGUUCAACGCUGAUUAAGAGUAGAAGAACCAUCUCGUGGCUUAGACCCGGUUCUAGCAUCUUUGAGUAGUUUUUUUGUGGCCGUCCGCACGCGUCUUCUUGGUGUGACCGUUGGUGUGAUUGUUGUGUCUUUUUUUAAUGCGUGUGAGUGAAAAUGGAAGAGGCGAGUGGGCCGCGUCCACCUGGCGUCGAGACGCUCGAUGACGCCUCAGUUGGCGGAAAGACGGCCGAGCGUCUUGCCGUUCGCAGGAAGUCGUUUGUGCCUAUGUCCAGCAUGGAGGAAGAGAACCUGAGGGAGAGGCUGCAUCAGGCGCAACUCAAACAGUGCUCGCAGAUCGUCUGCGCCGAACAAAAGUACACGAGGGACACCUUCAGGAGGCUGUUUCAGGGCAAGGAGCUCUUGGAACAACUUUUUAAACUCUUCGACCAGGACCGUGACCAGUGUCUACUUCAAGAAAACUGGAUUGAAUUCCUCAAACAAAGACUCACAGAUGAAAAGCAGAUAGAUUUCGCAGAACAACUCGAGAGUGUUGCCUUUUGUCUUUGCGGCGACGAACCCAUCCAUUUGGAGCAGUUUAAUCAAAUUUUUAAUGCUAAAGGCAUCGUAGACAAGUUAUUUAGGUUAAUAGAUCGAGACAAUUCAGGAAUAAUAAUCUCCGAAAAUAUUAUGGAAUUCCUGGCGACUAUUACAAACACGAGGCCUCGAACGGGGUUCGAUAAAGGCAGUUUAGACCGAUUAGAGCAAUUAUUCAGGCAGACUGUAGGCAACGAGAAAGAAAUUAAGAGAGAGGACUUCAAGAAAAUCGUCAUUUCGAAAAAUCCUUUUUUUACCGAGCGAGUGUUCCAAAUCUUCGACACGGACAAUUCCGGUUCAAUAUCUCUGCAGGAGUUUUUGGACGCGAUGCACCAAUUCGCCGGCAAAUCUCCUGAUGAUAAAAUACGGUUUCUGUUCAAAGUUUAUGAUCUGGAUGGCGACGGUUUAAUACAACAUAAAGAACUCCAACAUGUUAUGAGAGCCUGUAUGGAAGAAAAUGGAAUGCAAUUCAGCGAGGAGCAAAUCGACGACUUGACGGUGGCGAUGUUCGAAGAUGCCGACACUAACAACAGGGGGGCCAUCACUUAUGAAGCUCUCAAAAACCAGCUGGAAAAGCACGGGGGGCUGUUAGAGAAUCUAUCAAUCAGUAUUGAUCGAUGGCUGGUACCACCCAACACUCAGAAUCCGCCAGAUUCACUUCUGAGAAAGCUCAUGGCAAUGAAACCUUAUCAAUUAACUAAACCUUACGUAAAAAACAAUUACGUUUAUUUGAUAUUUUUAGCAGCAUUUUUGAUAGUAAACGCAGCUCUUUUCAUUUCUCGUGCGAUAGAAUACAGAGACAAAAACUGGUACACGAUAUUUGCAAGAGCUUGUGGUCAGUGCCUCAACUUCAACUGCAUGUUUGUCUUGGUUCUAAUGUUGAGGCAAUGUAUCACAUUUUUGCGAACAAGAGGAUACAGCUCGAUGUUACCCCUCGAUCAACACAUCUACUUUCAUAAACUCACUGGGAUGUUCAUUUUUGGUUACAGUGUUUUACACACGAUUAUGCACGUGUGUAAUUUUAGUUUAGUCGUGGUUGAUAGCCCUAUAAACGUCAAAAAUCUCACCGUAAAUGAGUGGUUGUUCACUAACAAGCCACAAAUAUUUGGUUUAGUCCCAGGUUUAGCAAAUCCGACUGGUUUUGCUCUGCUAUUUAUUCUUCUGAUUAUGUUUAUUUGUUCGCAAGCUUUCGUACGAAGAGGAGGCUGUUUUGAGGUGUUUUACUGGACACAUCUAUUGUAUGUACCAUUUUGGAUAUUGGUAAUACUUCACGGGCCGAAUUUCUGGAAGUGGUUUAUUCUUCCGGGUUGUAUAUAUGCAAUUGAACGUAUAAUGAGGCUAGUUUCGAUGAAAAGUGAGAGGGGCAAAACUUACAUAAGUUCAGGGCUACUUCUACCAUCUAAAGUAACUCAUUUGGUGAUUAAAAGACCUCUUCAAUUUGAUUUUCAUCCAGGAGAUUAUGUUUUUGUCAAUAUACCAGCAAUCGCCAAAUACGAAUGGCAUCCCUUUACUAUUAGCAGUGCUCCUGAACAAGAAGAUUACAUGUGGCUCCAUAUUCGUGGUGUGGGCCAAUGGACAAACCGUCUCUAUGAGUACUUUGAAAAAGAACAAGAAAAGCUCCACAAUGGUGAUAUCCCACCACAUAAUCCUCCGAAUGCAAAAAAGAGGUUAUCUAAUGGAAGUAUCGAUAAUAACAACCAAAAUCCAUUAAAGAAAAUUCAAGCAACCAUCACUAGAACUCUGUCAAAUCGCGAUUCAAGUCGAAAACCCGGAGUCCAACUAGUGGGUUUCUCCAAUGAGACUUUCCAAGACGACAGUAAUAAAAAGCCAACCGAGAGCGAUUUUAAUAGAGCUUCUUGUAGUAAUACUGAUUUGACAGCUUAUUCACCUAGACCUAAAAAAGUGACAUCGGAUAAAAAGCUUCAUCGGCUUCUCUUCACAGAGAAAGCACCACUGGAAAAAUCUUUGUCGAUGCCAGACAUUCAGACGAAAGCCAAGAAAAGAGAGCGGCUUCUUGUUUUGAAGGAAUACAUGCGUUCUGAAUCUGAGAAAAGUUUCGACGAGUGUCAGAUUCGUCGGGCACGCCUCCAAUCUUUAGGCCUCGCAUAUUUAAGUCCUCAGAAUAAGUCUCUAGCUCAAAGUUUCCGUUAUAUGCGUAAUAAACCAACUAUAAUAGCUUUCAAAACUCCCAGUUUGGAAAACUGCGAGCAACGUGAUUCUAGCAGCUCUUUAGGCUCUGUUGGACGUCAAGUUAGCGCUCUUAGUUUUUCCUCUUCACCUGAAAAACAAGCCGAGGAAGGCAGAGCAGGUUUCCGUACCGAUUUCUCUCCCGGAACUGUUCCCUUGAAACCAAUGAAUUAUCCUGUAGGAAAACCUUUAGAGCCUAUUUUUGAGAAAGCGACGCCUCAUGAUAGUGAUGAGGAACUUAGGGAACGCAUUUUGCGCGAUCUGCCGGUGGGGGCUGGGACCGAGAUCUAUCUGGAUGGCCCUUACGGAGCCCCUUCAAGUCAUAUAUUCCGCGCACAGCAUGCCGUUUUGAUAGCGACGGGUAUUGGAGUCACACCUUUUGCUUCAAUCCUCCAAUCCAUUAUGCACAGAUAUUGGAAAGCAAGGCACUGUUGUCCCCGGUGCAAAUUUUCAUGGGCUAGCGAAAUUCCACCCACGGUUAUGAAUUUGAGAAAAGUUGACUUUUUCUGGAUUAAUCGAAAUCAACGUUCAUUCGAAUGGUUUGUUAAUUUAUUGUCUCAGUUAGAAAUAGAACAAGCUGAACUUGGCGGUGCUAUGGAACGUUUCUUAGAGAUGCACAUGUAUAUAACUAGUGCCUUACAAAAAACGGAUAUGAAAGCAGUGGGUCUGCAAUUAGCUUUGGAUCUGCUUCAUGAAAAAGAAAAAAGAGACUUAAUAACUGGAUUGAAGACUAGAACUAAUGCGGGCCGUCCUAACUGGGACAAAGUUUUCAAGCAAAUUCAAGAUCAGAAGAAAGGUAAAGUAACUGUCUUCUAUUGUGGUCCUCCACAACUCGCUAGAAUUAUUAGAGUAAAAUGUGAUCAAUAUGGAUUUAGCUUUCGGAAAGAAGUAUUUUAAUGCCGUUUGUAUAUUGUAAUCUUUAAUUUGUACUAUAGUUAUUUAUAUUAUUUAUUUCUGUUGUACAUUAGGACCUUUACUUACUCUUAUAUUAAUUUUAACACUCGUGUGUACCCCACAGUCAGUUUUUAAAGGUAAUGGGUCUUUUUAUAACUAUUUAUCUUUUUAGUGUAAGUGUAUUGUUUGUAUAGUAAAUAUUAAAUGUAAUACAAUAAAAUAUAUUUAUUUCCAUUUUUGAA